AUGGCCAAACUUCCAGUAGUGCUGUACUACUCCAUCAUCUCCUGCGUCAUCUCCUGCGUCAUCUCCUGCGUCAUCUCCUGCGUCAUCUCCUGCAUCAUCUCCUGUAUCAUCUUCUCCUCCUCCCCUCAGUAUUCUCCUAGUAAUAAUGACCAAACGUUUCCCAGUGACCUUACACUGGUACAAGUGAUGAAGAAGGACCCUUGGUCAUCCAUGCUGAGAACAAUCUGUGAGUUCCCUGACAGUGAAAAUCACCACAGCCACCAGGAAGGCCAUAUGAGCCUUACUAAACAUAUCCGAUCUCACACUGGAGAGAAACCUUAUGAAUGUAAAGAAUGUGGGAAAGCCUUUAGAUGUUCCUCAAAGCUCAAACAUAAAAGAACACACAGUGGGGACAGACCUUAUGAGUGUAAGGAAUGUGGAAAAGCCUUCAAAUACUCCUCAGGCCUCAAUGUACAUAAAAAAAUACAUAGUGGAGAGAAGCCUUAUGAAUGUGAUGAGUGUGGAAAAGCAUAUCGCCACUCCUCAACCCUCGUUAUACAUAAACGAUCUCACAGUGGAGAGAGGCCUUAUGAAUGUCAGCAAUGUGGGAAAGCCUUUAUUCAAUCCUCAGACCUCGGUGCACAUAUGAGAUCUCACCGUGGAGAGAAGCCUUAUGAAUGUAAGGACUGCGGGAAAACCUUUAGUCACUCCUCGUCCCUCAAUGCACAUAUCAGAUCUCACUUUGGAGAGAAGCCUUAUGAAUGUAAGGAAUGUGGAAAAGCCUUUACUCAAUCUGGAAGCCUCAAAGUACAUCAAAGAUAUCACAAUGGAGACAGGCCUUAUGAGUGUAAGGAGUGUGGGAAAACCUUCAUUCAAUCCUCACACCUCAGUGAUCAUAAAAAAACACACAGUGGAGAGAAGCCUUAUAAAUGUAACGACUGUGGAAAAGCCUUUCAUCAGUCCACAACCCUUAUUGUACAUACACGAUCUCACAGUGGAGAGAAGCCGUAUGAAUGUGAGAAAUGUGGGAAAACCUUUAGAUAUUCCUCCAUUCUCAGUGCACAUGUAAGAUCUCAUCUUGGAGAAAGGCCGUAUGAAUGUAAGGAAUGUGGGAAAGCCUUUAUUCAUUCAUCACACCUCACUGCACAUAUAAUAUCUCAUAGUGGAAGGAGGCCUUAUGAAUGUAAGGACUGUGGGAAAGCCUUUACCCGGUCUUCACAUCUCAGUAGGCAUGAAAAAACGCACAGUGGAGUGACAAAACUCCUAGACACACCCAAGUGGAAAAUGGUGUUGCAUCAGGUCAUGACUGAGUUCUUGAGGAAGAUAGUCAGCAUUCACCAAAAGGAAGCGGAAGUGGCGUCACUGCCCGGCGCCAUAUUCCUUUGCGUUUCGGUCUCCGCGGUCGCUGAUGCCCUUAUUCGUUUGUUCCGCUCCCGGAGUGCAGGCAACACAGGAGGCCCUGCUGGGAUCGAAGCUGCUUACUCCGGCUCGCCUGCUCAGGGCCGGCCUCUUCGUCGUCCCGGGGCUGCUCCCGAACCGGGGCAUCUCCUGGAGCCGCGCUGGUCCGACUCGGCCCGGAGAAGCCUGGCUGUGUCUCGGUGCAUUCCCAGGUAA